UUGAAGGGCUCCCCGGCGCAGGAAGGCAGCGGGGAGGAAAAGGGCCAGAGAUCCCCCCGCAGGAGGGGCUCCAAAGCCAGCCCAGGGUGUUCUGAGGAGGAAAGAGCCAGCCUGUGCUGGGAAGGCAGCCGGAGCUUGAACGGGAGCUCUGACCUGGUGGUCCCUGAGCAGCCUCCCAGCAGGGUGAAGCCAUUCAGGUGCUUGGAAUGUGGGAAGAGCUUCAGCAGGAGCACCACCCUCCUCAGUCACCAACACAUCCAUACUGGGGAAAAGCCCUACCCAUGUAGGGAAUGUGGGAAGAGCUUCAGGCAGAGCACCCACCUGAUCCAACACCAGCGCAUCCACACUGGGGAACAGCCAUACAUCUGUGGGGAAUGUGGGAAGAGCUUCAAGCAGAGCUCCCACCUGAUCCGGCACAAGCACAUCCUUACCGGGGAAUGGCCUUACAUGUGUGGGGAAUGUGGGAAGAGCUUCAGUGAGAGGUCCAACCUCCUCACCCACCAGCGCAUCCACACUGGGGAACAGCCCUUCAAGUGUUCAGAAUGUGGGAAGAGCUUCAGCCAGAGCUCCCACCUCCACACCCACCAGCGCAUCCACACUGGGGAACAGCCCUACAAGUGUUCAGAAUGUGGGAAGAGCUUCAGUGACAGCUCCAGCGUCCGCAAACACCAGCACAUCCACACUGGGAAACGGCCCUAUACGUGUGGGGAAUGUGGGAAGAGCUUCAGGCAGAGCUCCCACCUCCACAAACACCAGCGCAUCCACACUGGGGAACGUCCCUACACGUGUGGGGAAUGUGGGAAGAGGUUUCAGACCAGCUCAGAUCUCCUCAGGCAUGAGCGGAUGCACACGGAUGAGAGGCCCUUCCGCUGCACUGACUGCGGGAAGGGCUUCAACCAGAACUCUGCCCUAAUCAGUCACCAGCGCCUCCACACUGGGGAACGGCCUUACAAAUGCUUGGAAUGAGGGAAGAGCUUCACCCAGAGCUCUGCCUUGACCAAACACCAACGGACCCACCAGUAAGGGAAGCCCUGUGAGUGCCCCGACUGCGGGAA